GUCCAGCAGAGGGCUCCAGAGUUUGUGAGUCUGCUCUGGGGGUCUGGGGAGAGGGAGUAAACAGAACAGGCUCUGAGCUUAUUUUCCCUUUUCCUCUCAUUCUGUGAGGAUGGAGCUGGAAAUCUAGACAGGGCAGCUGGAGCCUGCAGAGUUCCUACUGAUCCCAGAAUCAAAACUCCCCGACUCUCUCCGUCCCAGCAGAGCACACCAACCCCGUCAGCACACAGCAUGAAGCUCUGGGUUGUGCUUUGUCUGGCACUGCUCUGGGUGGAGCUCCAAAACGGUGACUGCCAGCAGGUCAAGCGGAGAAAAGAUGUAGGAGAGAACCGCAUCCGUCCGGGGGGAAAGCGGGUGAAGGUGCGACCAGUCAAACCAAAAGAUGGAGCAGGGAAAGGCCCGUCCCUGCUGACCCAGGUUUUAGAUAAGGGCCGCUUCUUACGCUUGGGCCCAAGCACCACCCUGACCCCUGGGAGGAGCAUAGAGCUGCGCUGCAAAGGCAACUCUAUCGGAUGGUCGUACCCGCCCUACCUGGACACCUUCAACGACUCGCGCCUCAGCAUCAAGUCGAGCGACAAGUACAGUCAGCUGAUCCUGACGUCGCCCUCUGCUGCCGACACGGGGCCCUACAGCUGCUGGGUGAUCGUGUGUGACGGCACAGAGUGUGAGAGGGACCACGAUCGCACAUACGUCUCACACAUCUACUUCACAGACAAAGCCAACCUCUUCGUCCCCUCUGCCAUCCACUUCGAGAUUGUGUACCUGCGCCCGGACAGGCCCGCCGUAGUGCCCUGCCGCGUGACCGACCCCCAGGCCAAGGUGUCCCUGCACAGAGAGGUCCCUCCGGAGGAGAUCACAGCCAACGGGACGCAGGUGACCUACGACCCAACCAAGGGGUUCGUCCUGCAGAACCCCAGCCUGGAGCACCAGGGCGUCUUCUACUGCAAGGCUGUGACCAAGGGCACCCCUCAGAUCUCCACCAAGUACCAGCUGCUCUAUGUGGAGGUUCCAAGUGGGCCACCGUUUGUGAGCCUUGAAGCCUCUCCGGAGUCAGUGGAAGGAGGCGACAACGUCAACGUGACCUGCACAGUGUUGGGGGAGCCGGAGGUGGAUGUGAGCUUCACCUGGUCUUAUCCUGGUCAGGGCAGUCGCCCGGUUCACACCCAGACUUCCUGGAGGCUGGUUAACAGAGGAAUGAGCCACACCACACGGGUCUCCCAGAGCGUCUUGACUUUAGAAGACAUGGAGACCAUCGACUUUGGAAACUACAUCUGCAAAGCCAAGAACCAGAACGGUGAGACAGUCGUGGCGACCGACAUCAUCUCCAAAUAGCGUCGGCGGCGGAGACUGUGGUACCAUCGAGUGUGUUGCUGAGAUGUAACCGGAACACACCAACCAGGGAGACCCCAUGAAAUAGACAUGUACUGUAUAUACAUAAAAAUGGUUGUAUUUUUAGAUUGGAGAUUUUGAUGACAUAAUAAAG